CUGAAGCCCACACUCAAGCAAUGCAAUUUGACGAAGCGCAAAGGCUUUGUCAAAUGGCACUGGACAUACAUAGAGAGAACGGAGCACCUGCUUCUCUUGAGGAGGCUGCAGACAGGAGGCUGAUGGGGAUGAUCUGUGAAUCGAAGGGAGACCAUGAAGCUGCUCUCGAGCAUCUUGUUUUGGCAAGCAUGGCUAUGGUGGCUAAUGGACAGGAAUCAGAAGUGGCUGCUGUUGAUUGUAGCAUUGGGGAUACCUAUCUCUCUCUAAACAGAUAUGAUGAGGCAAUUUUUGCUUAUCAGAAAGCACUUACGUCUCUCAAGACUUCUAAAGGGGAGAACCAUCCGGCCGUUGCUUCUGUUUUUGUUCGUCUAGCCGACUUAUAUAACAAGACAGGGAAGUUUAGGGACUCGAGAUCCUACUGUGAGAAUGCCCUCCGGAUCUAUGAAAAGCCCGCCCCUGGGAUUGUUCCUGAGGAAAUUGCUAGUGGCCUCACUGAUAUCUCAGCCAUUUAUGAGUCGAUGGAGGAGCUUGAGCAGGCGCUGAAGUUGCUACAAAAGGCUCUAAAGAUGUAUAACGACGCUCCAGGUCAGCAGAACACAAUUGCUGGCAUUGAAGCUCAGAUGGGAGUUCUGUACUAUAUGCUGGGAAACUAUUCUGAUUCUUACUCCUCAUUUAAAAACGCAACAACAAAGCUUCGUGCUAGUGGGGAGAAGAAAUCAGCUUUCUUUGGCAUUGCAUUGAACCAGAUGGGCUUAGCUUGUGUGCAGCGCUAUGCGAUAAACGAGGCUGUUCAAUUGUUUGAAGAAGCAAGGAGCAUUCUAGAACAAGAAUAUGGACCAUACCAUCCCGAUACACUUGGAGUGUACAGUAACCUUGCUGGAACUUAUGAUGCUGUUGGAAGGUUGGAUGAUGCAAUAGAAAUUCUCGAAUUUAUAGUGGGAAUGAGGGAGGAAAAGCUCGGGACAGCACAUCCAGACGUCGAAGAUGAGAAGAAGAGGCUGGCUGAGCUACUAAAGGAGGCAGGCAGGGUCCGGAACAGGAAAAACCGGUCACUGGAAACGCUCCUUGAUACUAGCCAAAACACGAAGGCUACGAGCAGCAAUGGUGGCAUUAAGGUGUGAGAAGGAUAGCUGUACAGAGAUCUUUACACAGUUUUUUCUUUUUCCCAUACAACAUUAAAGAAAACAAAAAAGAAAAAGAAAAAAGGUAUACAUGAUUGAGUUUGGUGGCCAUUGAUUGUUGCUGUGCACAUUGAAUGGCAUUUUACAGGUUGGGAUUUUGAUUUAUUGUAUUGAAUCAAGCUGUAGUAGUUGUGGAGAGGAGUGGUUCUCUUGUACAGUUGUACUAAUUUAUUUUAAUCAUGUUUUUACGGUGUAUAUUUGGUCACUUGUACAUUGUUAAAAUAUGGGAUGAUGUUAUUUAUAUUAACCUUCAGUAUC